AUGGCGUCUCCCGCUCUCCCAACCCUUAAAUAUACACCCGUCGAGGAGAUCCCCUCGCGCGUCAAGAAUGUUCGGACUACCUUUUUCGAGCAUAAGACUCGGCCUAUCGAGUUCCGUCUCCGGCAGCUGCGGAAGCUAUACUGGGCAGUCAAGGACCGGGAACACUUGGUGACUGCGGCCCUUAAACAGGACCUAAACAGACCGGAAUAUGAAGCUUACGUUGGGGAGCUUGUGAUGCUACUCAAUGAUAUCAUCUUUGUGACCAAAAAUCUGCCCAAGUGGGCUGAAGACGAGAAGGCUGCCGAUAUUGACCUCUCAUUUUCGCUGAUGAAGCCAACCAUUAGAAAGGAUCCCUUGGGCUGUGUCCUGGUUAUUGGAGCAUUCAAUUUCCCAUUCCUGCUAACCUUUGGUCCGGUCAUUGGUGCCAUUGCUGCUGGUAACACCGUCGUCAUCAAGCCGAGUGAAGUUUCGCCGCACUGCGCUGCCGUUAUUCAGGAAAUCGUUGAGGCUGCUUUGGACCCCUCUUGUGUGUCUGUUGUUCAGGGAAGCAUCCCAGAAACUAAAGCAUUACUAGACGAAAGAUGGGAUAAGAUCUGUUUCACAGGCAGCUCUAGAGUUGGCCGCAUUGUUGCUCAAGCAGCAGCUCCAAACCUUACACCCGUCUUGCUCGAAUUGGGUGGCCGCAACCCUGCCUUUGUUACAAAACGCGCGGACUUGAGACUUGUUGCCAGACGUCUGCUAUGGGGAAAGACAUUCAAUGCUGGCCAGAUUUGUCUUUCACAAAACUACAUCCUUGUUGACAGGGAGGUUGUUGAUCAGCUGGUGGUUGAGUUUGAGAGGGCUAUCAAAGAAUAUUAUCCAAACGGAGCAAAGGCAUCCUCUGACUACUCUCGUAUUGUCAACGAGGGCGCUUUCCGGCGCAUUAAGCAGAUGGUCGACAACAGCAAGGGGAAGAUCCUUCUCGGUGGAUCCAUGGACGAGAAGGAGAAAUUCAUCGAACCCACUGUUGUACUUGUCGAUUCCACUGAUGAUUCUCUCAUAUCUGAAGAGAGCUUUGGACCAAUCAUUACACUUUUGCCCGUAUCGAAUUUGGAUGAAGCAAUUAGGAUUGCAAAUGAAGUUGAUGGAACUCCAUUGGCCGUUUAUCCAUUUGGAUCCAAGGAGGAAACCGCGAAAGUCCUUGCCUCUGUUCGCUCUGGUGGUGCUUCCGUGAACGAUUCGUUUAUGCAUGCUUCUAUCUCAACACUCCCAUUCGGUGGUGUUGGUGAGAGUGGUACUGGUUGCUACCAUGGCCGUAGCAGCUUCGACGCCUUCACGCAUCAUCGCUCCAUCACUUCAACUCCUGGCUGGGUCGAGCGUAUUUUGACUAUCCGUUACCCGCCUUAUAUUGGUAAACUUAAUAAAUACAAAGCCGCCAGCCUUAAGUCGCCUAAUUUCAACCGUGCCGGAGAAAGAACUUAUGGAUUGUUCGAGUGGAUUACCUGGUUUAUCACCCUGGGAAAAGGGCCAAAUAAGUCAGGUGCCACAAGGGCGGCUGCGACAGUGUUGGGUAAGUAA